UAAUACGUUGCCCAUCCCUAGAUUGUCUCUUUUCGUGUGCGGACGCAAUCUGCAAACUCGUGGCGAAUUUUGUGUAUUGAAUUUUUGUUAUUCAUUUGCAUAGCUAAAAUGCCAGGCGUUGAAACCAUCAAGUCCAGUUGGGCCGAUGAGGUGGAGUUGGACUACGGCGGUCUGCCACCAACGACGGAAACGGUUGAGAACGGCCACAAGUAUGUAACGGAGUACAAAUACAACAAGGACGAUAAGAAGACGAAAGUAGUGCGUACCUAUAAGAUCUCCAAGCAGGUAGUGCCCAAGACUGUUGCCAAGCGUCGCACUUGGUCCAAGUUCGGUGAGUCAAAGAACGACAAGCCCGGCCCUAACUCGCAAACUACUAUGGUGUCUGAGGAAAUCAUCAUGCAGUUCCUUAACUCCAAGGAGGAUGAGAAGGCUAACGAUCCAAUGUUGGAUCCAUCCAAAAACAUUGCCAAGUGCCGUAUUUGCAAUGGCGAGCAUUGGUCCGUCAAUUGCCCAUACAAAGGAACUGCCAUGGAUACAAAUCUUAUGGAGAAGAAGGCCAAUGCUGCAGCAUCUGCCGCUGUCGAUGCACCCAAGCCUGGCAAGUAUGUGCCACCGUUCCUUAAGGACAGCCAAAAGGGCGGGAUGGGUAUGCGUGGUCGCGAUGAUACGGCCGCCAUUCGCAUUUCCAACUUGUCAGAGUCGAUGACUGAAGCUGAUUUGGAAGAGCUGGUGAAGAAAAUUGGCCCACAGAGCAAGAUGUAUCUUGCGCGCGACAAAAACACCGGCCUCUGCAAGGGAUUCGCCUAUGUGCACUUCAAACAACGCAAGGAUGCCUCCGCUGCUAUUGAAAUCUUGGACGGUCACGGCUAUGAUCAUUUGAUCUUGAGCGUGGAAUGGUCCAAGCCACAGAACAAUUAACAAAGGACGAACGUGUGUGCUGUGUGGUAGGGAUUACAGCUAAAGGCGAGAAUAUGUUAAACUAAAAAUUGAUUUUUUUUUUAAUUUUCCACUUGUAGAAGGCCAAUGCAUACCGUAUGUUAUGUUAAAUACUAUGGUAUCUAAGCUAUAAGUUUGCUAAAAAAAAAUAUAAAAACAUACACAAAUAAAAAUAAGCCAAUGGCUGACCAAAAACAA